AUGGUGCAGAGCUAUCUCAGGCAUGGGCCUACACAGGCCUUUGGCUUGGUCUGCUCGCCGUCGUCGAAUUCGAUCUACGACGGGAAGCUGGCCUAUGUUCCCGCGCUGGAGGAUGUGCUCGUGUGGGACGUGAAAAAGGGCGAAAUGAUGGGAAUGUGGCACGAGGCUGGGCACAGAGCAGAGGUGAGCUGCAUCGCGCGUUCUCCCGCCCAAAAGGACACAUUCGCCGUCGGAUACGCGGACGGGUCCAUCAGGCUCUGGAGCGCGGCAGCACAGACGGUCAGCGCGACUUUCAACGGCCACAAGUCCUCUGUCACUGCACUCGUCUUUGACCCCACUGGGACCAGGCUUGCCUCGGGUUCCCAGGACACAAACAUCAUCGUCUGGGACGUCGUCGCAGAGGCUGGCUUGUUCAGGUUGCGCGGUCACAGAGACCAGGUCACCGCAAUCCGCUUCAUCACAAAUGUCGCCUCCAACCUUCCUUCGACUUCAACGUCCACAAGCCCAGGCUUCAUCGUCACUUCGUCCAAGGACACAUUCAUCAAGCUCUGGGACUUGUCUACCCAGCACUGCAUACAGACCGUCGUCGCUCACCGUGCCGAGGUUUGGUCGCUUGACUUGAGCCCCGAGCAAGACUUGAUCUUCACCGGGAGUAAUGAAGGCGACCUCAGAAUUUGGAAGCUCGACCACAGCGUUCUUCAGGACGGCUUGAAGGAGUCCGCAGACGGCCAAAUCUCCCAGGCAAUCCUUCCCGCAACCUCUCUCCCUCUUUCUUCAAAACAUCGCGUAUCUCAAGUGACCUUCCACCCCACCCUUCCCUACCUCGCCGUGCAGAGUCAAGACCGCUCCGUCGAGAUCAUCCGUAUACGCACAGAGGAGGAAAUACGCAAGAAGCAGGCGCGGAGGAAGAAGCGUGCGAAAGAGAAGGGAAAAGAGGUCAAGGAGGCCGACGAAGACGAGAAGGAGAUUGACUUGGCCGAAUUGUUCACGCCAUACCUCAUCGUGAGGGCCACCGGCAAGAUCCGCUCGUUCUGCUUUUCGGAGGACGGAGCAGAGGCUAAGAGUGGUGCACCGAUCUGCCUCGCGUUGUCAAACAACGCCGUCGAAGUGCACGCUAUCCCCGCACCGACAAAAUCCAAGGACGUACCCGAGGCCGCCCGAUUAUACGCCUUAGAUCUACCCGGACACAGAACGGACGUUCGAACGCUAUGCUUGAACUCCGACGAUUCACUGCUAGCCUCCGCAUCAAACGGACAGCUGAAGAUCUGGAACAUGCGCACGUUCGCUUGCAUUCGCACACUCGACUGUGGACAUGCUAUAUGCAGCACAUUCUUGCCAGGAGACCGCCAUAUCGCCGUCGGCACGAAGUCGGGCGAGCUCCUGCUGUACGACCUCUCAACCUCAACUCUGGUCGAGACCUACAAAGCGCACACCGCCACCCUCUGGUCUCUGCACGUUCGACACGACCAACAAGCCCUUGUCACCGGGAGUGCCGAUAAAGACGUCAAAUUCUGGUCCUUCGAAUGGCAUCAACCGGCAGACAAACAAGUUCCAGACACGCUCUCGCUAGUGCACACCCGCACGCUCAAAAUGACCGACGACGUCUUAUCCGUCCGAUUCAGCCCUAACGGCAAACUGCUCUGCGUCGCGCUGCUCGACUCGACAGUCAAAGUCUUCUACCAAGAUACGCUCAAGUUCUUCUUGAGUCUGUAUGGGCACAAACUGCCCGUGUUGAGCAUGGACAUCUCGCACGAUUCGAAGCUGAUUGUGACGAGUUCCGCGGACAAGAACGUGAAGAUCUGGGGCUUGGAUUUCGGCGAUUGUCAUCGGAGCAUAUUCGCGCAUGAUGAUAGCGUGAUGCAAGUCGUGUUUGAGCAUCAGAGCCAUUACUUCUGGACGGUGGGCAAGGACAAGAUGCUUAAGUACUGGGACGGCGACAAGUUCGAGAACAUCCAGAAACUGGAGGGUCAUCAAGGCGAGAUCUGGGCGCUUGCGGCUAGCCGGUUCGGCAACUUCGUAGUGACGGGUUCCCACGAUAAGUCCAUCCGGGUCUGGGAAAAGCUCGACGAGCCACUCUUCCUCGAGGAAGAACGCGAACGCGAGCUCGAGACGCUCUACGAAAGCGGCGUCGCGGACUCGCUCAACCGCGAGGAUGCUGCAAUUGGAAGCGGCGCCGCCGAUGCCGACGCGAACACUCUACCGGAUCAGGCCGAGGCGACGGGCGUGAGCAAGCAGACGGGCGAAACGCUGAUGGCUGGUGAACGGAUCGUUGAGGCAUUGGAUCUGGCGGACGCCGAGCGGGCGCUGUGGGCGGAGUUUAAGGAGGCGAAGAAGGGAUUGCCUAAGGAGCAGGCGGAUAAGCUUCCUCCUCCAGCGCGGAACGCGGUGUUGAAGGCGCAUGAUGUUGAGCCGGAGAAAUGGGUACUCAGGACUGUGGAGGGGAUCCCAAAUGCGGCGCUGCAGGAUGCGCUAUUGGUGUUGCCGUUUGGCAAGGUCGUGUCGCUCAUGAACUACUUGAGCAUAUGGGCUAAGAAGGAAUGGAACAUCACACUCGUCUCUCAGAUCAUGUUCUUCCUCGUCAAAGUCCAUCACCACCAGAUCGUUGCGCAUCGUUCCAUGCGUACAGCACUCGUCCCGCUGCGCAAGCAUCUCCGUGCCGCCCUCGCGCGUCACAGGUCCACGCUCUCUUACAACCUCGCAGCCUUGCAGUAUAUCAAGCGACAGGCGGAUGCUGCUCAGACAGCGCAGUUCUACGAAGAGGAGGGAUGGGACGAGGAGAAGGUCCAGGCGAGGAUCGCAGAAGGCAACAAGAAGCGCAAACGCGUGAAUGUAUAA